CCCGAUUUGAGCACAGAAUGCGCCAAUCAGCUACCGAGUCUGAUGGCUAAACUGCCAGGCACUGUGACUGCCACCACUUUAAGUGUCAAUCUACCGGUUUCCUGGGCUACCACCAUUACAGGCCAUGCAGCUAACGUGAACAAAUACACUUCUCAAGCAACUACAGGUAGAUCAGAAUUGGUUAUCUGA